CGUCGUCGUCAUUGAUAAUUUCGGAUCACAGAACAUGGUAUUCGCCGCAUUCGUAUUGUAUUAUAUUCGCCAUUGUAUUAUAAGCUCCGGAGGAUUAUGAAUGUGUGUUGUGUGAACAUGGAGGACGAGGAUACUUACUACUUCACCAGUUUAAAAACAUCUUUAGCUUUAAGGUUAUCGAUUCAUGCAAUAUUCGUUUGGUGUCAUUUUUAUUAUAUGCAAUUUGCAGUUCUAGUUCAGUCAGAUCAGCUGAUUUCUAUUGUAAAUCUAACCUUAUUGUUUGUUCCUGAUUUUGUAGCUGCCAAAAUUAAACUAACAAAUUAAAUUACUAGUUGAAAAGCACAAAAAUGGUAUUCGAAGUUCAUGCAGAAAAUUAACACUAAAUUUAAAUUGAAAUUAAACUUUCAACUUUUUAGUUUGAUUCCUCAAUUUUGAGAGGUUAUGAGCACAAAAUAUGUCAGGUCAGUCUGUACUGGUAGUAUUGCUUUGUUUACAGCAUGUCAGAAGCUUUCCACAUUUGUAUAACAAAAAGGACCUUCACAGGGAAUUUCUAUUGGUUUACCAGUAAUGUAUAAUUAUCCUUAAUUUACUGCAUAAACUAAAAAAUUAACACCAAUAAAGUUUGAUGUUAAUUUUAAUUUUGGCUGCAUAAACCAAGCUGCAUUUGAUUUAUUUUUGAUUUUAGAGGGCUGCUAUUUUGACAGCUGCUCAAAAAAAUUGUAUUAUUCCAUGUAAACACCCCACCUACACCAUACAUAUUGCAAGAAAUUAUUCUGCAGGCAUUCAAUAUCAUCUCUAUGGUUCUGUAAUUUAGAUAUUUUUGCUCUAACUAAGAUAACCAUCUAUAAAUCAAAUAAUCAUUAAUGUCUGGAAUUAAUGAAUUUGAAAGUGAUUAAAAUAUAUUAGAGAGCUUGGUAUAAAUAAUUAAAUCAAAUACAAAUGUUCGUGUAAAACAGACUUUAGCUUCCUUAUGUUGGCUUCCCUGAGAUUUAUGUGCUUAAUAAGUCAUUGGAAUUGUUUUGUUGGUAACAGUAUAUUCUUUCCGGUCAAAGUCUCUGAGCCGUCAACAUGGGUAAACCCCGUGGAUUGAGAACUGCUAGGAAACAUGUGAACCAUCGUAGGGACCAAAGGUGGGCAGACAAAGAUUACAAAAAAGCACAUUUAGGAACAAGAUGGAAGGCUAAUCCUUUUGGAGGAGCUUCUCACGCUAAAGGAAUUGUUCUCGAAAAAGUAGGAGUAGAAGCUAAGCAACCAAACUCUGCCAUCCGUAAAUGCGUUAGGGUGCAACUAAUUAAAAAUGGUAAAAAAAUUACUGCCUUCGUACCAAGAGAUGGUUGUCUAAAUCACAUCGAAGAAAACGAUGAAGUUCUUGUAGCAGGUUUUGGACGUAAAGGUCAUGCUGUAGGUGACAUUCCUGGAGUUAGAUUUAAGGUUGUUAAAGUAGCCAACGUUUCCCUUCUAGCCUUAUAUAAAGAAAAGAAGGAAAGGCCGAGGUCAUAGGCUGGUUUAUUUAAUUACUUGACAAAUAAAGUGUACAAGUAUGAUUUUGUAUAGUGUUUUAUUUCAAUAAACUAAUUUUUAACAAAA